AAAUUUGCAAAAGCAAAACAAAAUUUAGGGACCAAAGGCUAAACUAUUCCUAGGGCUUUAUUUUUCUUUUCCCCCAAGUUUUCCCUAGGGCUUUUUACUCUCAAUCUUUUUAUCAUCUAAAACUAAAACUAAAGCUAAACCUUUUCUUCUUCAUUGUCUGCGUGAGAGCAAUACAGAGCUCAGCUCAACAAUGGCAGACGAUACAACGACGCUAUCGUCACAGCUCGCUCAGUCAACCAUGAACGACGGAGUCCCCAGCUACGAAGAUUUGAAAGCUGAGUUCUCUGACCGAGUUUUAAUUCGUUCCAUUAUUUCCCGAUCCGAUGGCGGAUCCGGACUUGCUGGGCAACGUGUACGAAUAGGUGGGUGGGUCAAGACCGGUCGAAAGGCGGACAAGGACGCAUUUGCCUUCUUGGAGCUAAACGAUGGGUCUUGCCCAGGGAAUCUCCAGGUUAUUGUGGAGGCGGACAAGGCUGACCUUGGCCAGCUCGUGUCAACUGGAACUUGCGUGUCUGUGGAUGGCGUUUUGAAACUUCCUCCGGCUGGGACUAAGCAGAAAGUGGAGCUCCGGGUCGAGAAGGUAGUUCACGUGGGUCCAGUCGACCCGGCCAAGUACCCAUUACCUAAGACAAGACUCACGCUUGAGUUUUUGAGGGACUUUGUUCAUCUUCGUCCCAGGACCAAUACGAUUUCUGCAAUUGCCCGUAUAAGAAAUGCCCUUGCAUUUGCCACCCAUACAUUUUUUCAAAAGCAUAGUUUUCUUUAUGUGCACACACCAAUUAUAACCACCAGUGACUGUGAGGGUGCUGGUGAGAUGUUUCAAGUUACUACUUUGAUUAAUGAAGCUGAAAGAUUGGAGAAGGAGCUUAUUAAGAAUCCUCCCCCAUCGGAGUCCGACUUAGAAGCCGCCAGGCUUGUUGUCAAGGAGAAAGGAGAUGCUGUCUCCCAGCUGAAAGCUGCUAAAGCAAGUAAGCAGGAGAUUGGUGCUUCUGUGGUUCUACUGAAGAAAGCCAAGGAAGAUUAUGCGAAAUUGGAGGAGAGAUCUAAGCUUAAGCCGGGUAUUCCCAAAAAAGAUGGAAAGAUUGAUUAUACACAAGAUUUCUUUGCCCGUCAAGCUUUUCUGACUGUAUCUGGUCAAUUACAAGUUGAGUCAUUUGCAUGUGCUCUCAGUAGCGUUUAUACGUUUGGACCUACUUUUCGGGCUGAGCAUUCUCACACCACGAGGCAUUUGGCAGAGUUUUGGAUGGUGGAGCCUGAAUUAGCAUUUUCUGAUCUUCAGGAUGAUAUGAACUGCGCAGAGGCAUAUGUGAGAUUUCUUUGCCAGUGGUUACUUGACAAUUGCUGUGAUGAUAUGGAGUUUAUGGCUGACAAAUUUGAUAAAGGUUGCAUCACUCGAUUAAAAAUGGUUGCUUCAACCCCAUUUGAACGGAUAACAUAUACAAAAGCAGUAGAGCUUUUAGAAGAGGCUGUGAAGAAUGGUAAGCAGUUUGAGAACAAGGUAGAGUGGGGAAUUGAUUUGGCAUCUGAACAUGAAAGAUACUUGACAGAAGUUAUGUUCAAGAAGCCUGUUAUUGUUUAUAAUUACCCAAAAGGAAUAAAAGCAUUUUACAUGAGGUUGAAUGAUGAUUGUAAAACAGUUGCUGCUAUGGAUGUUCUUGUGCCAAAGGUGGGAGAAUUGAUAGGCGGCAGCCAGAGAGAGGAGCGUUAUGAUGUUAUUCAAAGCAGGAUCCAAGAGAUGGGGCUCCCUACUGAGCCAUAUGAAUGGUACCUUGACUUGCGUCGCUUUGGCACAGUGAAACACAGUGGUUUCGGUCUCGGCUUUGAGAGGAUGAUUCUGUUUGCGACAGGCAUUGACAACAUUAGAGAUGUUAUUCCGUUCCCUAGAUAUCCCGGAAGAGCAGAUCUUUGAUUCUUGUGGUUAGUCUUUGUAUUUUUGCCUAUGGGAAGUCAAACACACAAAAGUGGAUCUUUAGGAUCCCUCACUCUAAUUUUAUAUGAUUGCGAGCAUGAAGUGUUUUUUUAUUAUUAUUAUUAGUUUUGUUGUUAAAAAAAUGAAAGCUUAAUUUAUAAAUUAUCAAGCAAUAAUAUAUAUCUUUAUAGGGACUUUCUUCUA